CCCCGGCGGGAGCCGGUCCCUUUCCCGUCGGGGAGCGCGGGGCUGGGGCCCAGGGGACCCCGGGCCACGGAGAGCGGGAAGAGGAUGGACUGCCCGGCCCUCCCCCCCGGAUGGAAGAAGGAGGAAGUGAUCCGAAAAUCUGGGCUCAGUGCCGGCAAGAGCGAUGUCUACUACUUCAGUCCAAGUGGUAAGAAGUUUCGAAGCAAACCUCAGUUGGCCAGGUACCUGGGAAAUACUGUUGACCUCAGCAGUUUUGACUUCAGAACUGGAAAGAUGAUGCCUAGUAAAUUACAGAAGAACAAGCAGAGACUACGCAACGAUCCUCUCAAUCAAAACAAGGGUAAACCAGACUUGAAUACAACAUUGCCAAUUAGACAAACAGCAUCGAUUUUCAAACAGCCAGUAACCAAAGUCACCAAUCAUCCUAGUAAUAAAGUGAAAUCAGACCCACAGCGAAUGAACGAGCAGCCGCGUCAGCUUUUUUGGGAGAAGAGGCUACAAGGACUUAGUGCAUCCGAUGUAACAGAACAAAUCAUAAAAACCAUGGAACUACCUAAAGGUCUUCAAGGAGUUGGUCCGGGCAGUAACGACGAGACCCUUUUAUCUGCUGUUGCUAGCGCUUUGCACACAAGCUCCGCACCAAUUACAGGGCAGAUCUCGGCCGCUGCCGUGGAAAAGAACCCCGCUGUUUGGCUCAACACCGCGCAACCCCUCUGCAAGGCUUUCAUCGUCACAGACGACGACAUUAGGAAACAAGAAGAGCGAGUCCAACAGGUGCGGAAGAAAUUGGAAGAAGCGCUGAUGGCAGACAUCUUGUCACGAGCGGCCGAUACAGAGGAGCUGGACCUUGAAAUGGACAGUGGAGACGAAGCCUAAGGCAACGAUCAGGUAGCUCUCGACCGACUCUCCCCAAGAGCAAAUUCCUAGAAAUUCAACAAAAAUGUUUCCACUGGGUUUUGUCUGUUAAGAAAAAAGAAAGAAAAACGCGAACCCGACCACAUAGAGCUUUUUAAUAGCACUAACCAAUGCCUUUUUAGAUGUAUUUUUGAUGUACAUAUCUAUUAUUCAAAAAAAUAAUGUUUAUUUUGAGUCUGAGGACUUAAAAGUAGUCUUUUUUAAUAUCAAGCAAGACCCUUCAAAUAAAGCUGAGCUUUGGAUGCUAGGUGCAGUCUACUGGAGAUGCAGCACUUACACGGAAUCCUUGUCUCCCCCUCACCCCCCCUGCAGUUUUAAUAUGGAUGGAUCAGGAGUACCAAAUAAAUUUCCCAAUGAAAGAUUAUUGUGACUUCAUUGUAUAUAAACAGAUUUUUAUACUUCUAUUGAAAAGGACACCUGUACAUUCUUCCAUCAUCACUGUAAAGACAAAUAAAUGAUUAUAUUCACA